AUGAAAUUUCCUCCCUGGCUUCUUCUCAUCCCCGCUGCCCAUGCCUUCCAGCUCCCCUUCCACCUCCCCAAGUUCUUUUCCUCACCCAGCAUAGUCUCUACCCCACAUCUCGACCAGCCCGCUACCCCACCCAUCCCAAGGAUAGCUAUCAUUGGCGCAGGAGCAGCCGGCAGCUCUGCAGCCUUUUGGAUCUCGAAAGCCAAGCUCCGUUUCGGGCUUGAUGUCGUGGUCGAUGUCUAUGAGAGCAACUCGUAUAUUGGAGGUCGAAGUACAACCGUGUACCCCUACAACAACAGGUCAUUGACGGAGCUCGAGCUGGGCGCGUCCAUCUUUGUUGAAGCAAACAAAAAUCUGUGGCGUGCCUCGGAUGAAUUCAAUCUUACGCGCCGCAAAUUUGAGGACCAAGAUUACGCGACAGGAAUUUGGGACGGCCAGCAGUUGUUGCUUUCGUUCACAGGCAGCUGGUGGGACACUGCAAAACUUCUAUGGCGAUAUGGCAUCUUAUCUCCAAGACGAGCAGAAGCUUUCGUCCGUAACAUGAUCAACCGUUUCCUUGUGUUCUACAGUUCCGAUACUCCAAAAUGGGAUAGCAUUGCUACCCUCGCUGAUACUUUGGGUUGGACCGAACUUACCAACCGGACCACCGCUGAAUACGUCAUGGCCCAAGGAGUAUCCCAGAAAUAUACCUCUGAAGUCAUUGAGGCUGCAACACGCGUCAAUUACGGCCAGAACGUUGACUACAUCCACGCGUUGGAAGGCGCUUGUGCGAUGGCUGGCACCGGCGCUAGUGGUGUUGCUGGUGGAAACUUUCAAAUUUUUGAAAAUUUUCUGAACCGGUCUGGUGCCAAUGUCUACCUCAAUACGCCAGUGUCGAGUGUUUUACCCUCCUCCUCAUCUUCCCAACUAUGGGCCUUGAAGAGUGCCAGGGGAACUAUCGACUACCAAGCUGUCAUCGUUGCAGCUCCCUUCCAAUCCACCGGAAUAACAUUCCCACUGACUGUCGCUGACCAAGUCCCAGAAGUUCCCUAUGUCCAUCUUCAUGUUACCCUGUUAACCACGAGCUCUCCAUUUCCCAAUCCAGCGUACUUUGGCCUACCACCCAACUCUGAACUCCCUCGUAUGAUGUUGACCACCUACCAAGGUGCUAGAACAGGAGGGAAGAAACCAGAAUUCAAUUCAUUAUCAUACCAUGGGGAAAUUGGGAACGGAGAAUGGGCUGUGAAGAUAUUUUCAGAGGAAGAAAUAUCUGACGAAUGGUUGGCAAAUAUGUUCCUGGGGAAAGUUGGAUGGGUUCUUCGUAAAGUGUGGGAUGCUUACCCCAAACUUCCUCCUACAACCACAUUCCCACCAGUCAAGCUCGAACGAGGUCUUUACUACGUUAACUCGUUUGAACCAUUUAUCUCUACUAUGGAGACUGAAACAAUCUCUUCACGAAAUGUUGUUGAUUUGAUGCUUAACGAAGAAUUUAACGCCAGUAUCUGCGGCCGAAGGAUAUCAGCUUUUGAGAAUGAUAACCAAGAGGGUGUUCAAACACCUCCGACGACACAAGAAUUCGAACAGAAGGAUUUCGUCUUUGGUUGGGAUUGUUAA